CCCUCCCCACCAUCUCUAGACAGCCCACUACCAUGUCCGGAAUCAACGACCUGCCGGCAACAUACGAUGACCUGCCUGACAAACGGCGAUACUGGCCCGCUCCGGCCGGGUCGCCGGAGGAGGGACUCGGCAUGUUGCGCAUUCUCACGCCCGAGAUCGUAGCCAAAGCAGCGCAGACCCAGAUCCUGACGGGGGAACGGGUGUGCUUGAACUGGGAUCUUCAGAACCUGAACCCACCAGGUUUCGGCCGCAAACCCUUUGAGCACCGCAUUAAAUGGGUUAUGCCGGGCGUCGCUUUCGACGAUGAAUACCACUUUAAUCCCCAGCAGUCAUCCCAGUGGGAUGGGUUGCGCCACCAUAAUGCACCCGCGCCGACGGACCAGGACCCGAGCCGGCGGGUGUUCUACGGCGGGACUACGGCAGAGGAGAUCCAGGACCCCAACUCGUCGCGCAUCGGCAUCGGACACUGGGCCAAGAAGGGCAUUGCCGGUCGAGGCGUGCUGAUUGAUUACCUCUCGUGGGCCGAAAAGAAAGGCAUCUCCGUCAAUGCGCUCAGCCAGCAUGCGGUGUCGCUGGACGACGUCCUGGAGAUCGCGCGCGAGUGCAAGAUCGAGUUUCAGCGCGGCGACAUCUUCUUCCUCCGAGUCGGCCUCCCCAAGACCUGGAACUCGAUGGACGACGGCCAGAAGCUCGCAUACAGCCAGCAGUCGAUGCCCAAGCAUGCCGGGAUCGAGCAGAGUGAACAGGUGCUGCGCUUCAUGUGGGACAAUCACUUCGCGGCGGUGGCCUCGGAUGCGGUGAGCUUCGAGGUAUUCCCGCCAUUGAACCCGGAGUUUGACCUGCAUCACCACCUGCUGACGGGCUGGGGUCUUGCGAUCGGAGAGAUGUUCGAUCUCGACGGGUUGGCGGAAACGUGCAAGCAAUUGGGGCGGUGGACGUUUUUCGUGUCGAGCAGCCCAUUGAAUCAUGCGCAGGGGUCAUUGAGCCCGCAGGAGCUCCUAUCAAAUUUGCCGCCUAUCCUGUCCUGGAAGACGCUGGCCCUGGUGCUCGCCAUCAUCAAUUUGAAGAACCUUCCUUUUGUAUGGCAUAUCCGUAUCUUGCACCACCUAGUCUCCAACAUCCGCUGGAAGGCCGGCUACCCCCAUUUCCCCAAAGGCAACCCCAUCGCCAGCCACAGCGGCAAGCCCACGCACCCGGCCUUCGCGACCUACGGCAUCAGCUCGCGCGCCCCCAUCCUCGAGACCGACUACAACUUCCACAAGUCCAACAGCACCUACUUCUCCGACCUCGACAUCGCGCGGACCGCGCUCGCCACCCGCCUCUACACCCCGGGCUCCACCAUCGUCAGCAAGGAGCUCGACGAGGAGCUCCUCGCCGCCAGUCGCAUCGAGGGUAAGCCCGCGCCCACCCGCAAGGCUAUCUACAUCGCCCUCGGCUCCGUGUACUGCAGCUUUAAGCGCGAAAUUAAGCCCUUCGAGCGCUACGACAUCGAGUCCAAGCUCGUCGCCUGGGACCAGAAGUGGAUGUAUAUCCUCACGUUCUUCCUGCGUCCGGCCCCGCGGAAGGGUGGCAAGCGUACGCUCUUUGCGUCUGCGCUGAGUAAAUAUGUCAUUAAGAAGGGUCGGCUGACGGUUCCCCCUGAGCGGGUGAUGCGCGCUAGUGGCUUCCUGCCGCCACGUCCGGAGGGCACCGAGUUGUCUGCUGUGUCGGAGACGCCGGGGACGUCGGGGGUAGGGACGCCGGCGGGCGACGGUCUUGCGGCCUCGGCGUCGGGUGUGGACGGGUCGUUGGUGCGCGAGGUGCUGAAUUUGGAGGACGGGGCGCCGACGGCGCGCGAGACGCUGCAGGCGGAACGCAAGGCGAAUGUCGAGUCGUGGGAUGCGGACGAGUGGCCGUGGGAGCGCAUCGAGCAGGAGAGAUUGCGCGGACUGAAGCUGGUCGAGGGGUUUGCCAACACGGAUGCCCUGCUUCAUGAGGAGUAUGAACGAUAGAAUGAUUUCCUUGGGGAGAGAGUUUCUUUUUCAUGUAUAUAAUGAGAUUACUUUUGAUUUUUACCAUCUUUUUAUUUUC